AUGCGCGAGCCACCAGCUCGGCCCCGCCGCGCCCGCCCGGCUGUACCCCUGAUCCCCGCGGCGCCCCCCGUCCGCAGCGCCGCCCGAUCGCACCCCCCGCGCCCGCCCCGGCGCCCCCAGGCUGCGGCCGCUCUGGGGAAGGGUUGGGCAGCCCGGACCCCGGUUUACCUGGCCCGAGCUCCGGGCCGUGCAAGUGCACGGCCGCCGCCGCUGUGUCCCCAAGAUGCUGCCGAGCCCGGGAAGCUGGAUAGCGGCGGGCGCGCCCCGAACGCGGCGUACGGCACGCAGGGCCGCUCCUGCCCGGCCCACGCAGCGGGGCCCGCGGGCGCACCCCGCACCGGCCUGCGGCUGGACGCCCGCGCCCCGCCCCGCCCUGGCCUCGCCAGCGCCCCUCGCCGGGCGAGAGCGCGCGGCGGGAAGACCAGGAGGAGGACAAAGAUGCGUGCCCGCCCAGCCCCCUCCCCGAGCCCUCGCCCCGACUCUGGGCGGACUUGUGGGGGGCGCACCUGGGGCCCAGGUCCUGCGGGGCUGGCCUCGGGUCCCUGGAGAGCACAGAUUCCCCAGCGCGCCCGGCACCUGCAGAAUGAGGAGACGCCGGGGUCUGGUCCUCCGGCGGGUGGAACAGGUGACAGCGAGGUGCCCCUGCGCCCGCACCUGCCCCGGGCGCCACGCUGCCCCCUGGCGGGCUCCCGAGCGCAUGUGAUGGAAGGUCCUGCCCACCGCGCCCUGUUCGGCCCUGCGCAGAAGUCGCGGGGAGAUCGCGGCCUCUGA